AUGGAUUUCAUUACAGAUUUACCUAUAUCUUUGGGUUUUGACUUUAUUUUAGUAGUUGUGAAUCAGUUGUCUAAGAUGGCACAUUUUAUAGCUUGCAGGAAAAGUAUAAGCACAGAACAGACAGCACAAUUAAUUUUUAGAGAAAGAGUCAUGAAGCCUCCCUCACCUGUAAUCAUGAAAGAUAAAAGUGAAUACGAAGUUGAUGCUAUAUUAGAUUUAAAAAUAUUUCAGAAAAAAUUAUACUACCUGUUCGCAUGGAAAGGCUACGACAUAAAUGAACAUUCUUAA